AUGGCGCCACCAUCAGCGAAGCUUGAGCGCGAGCGGAAGCUCAACUUGCUUCUUUCCUUCGCCUCAGGACUCGCGAAUCACUUCACAUCCUCCUCCCACGACACCACCCUUGUUGACGAUCUCCAGCUCCAUAUCAAAAGUUUCCCCCUCCCUGUUUCAUCAGCGACGGCCGCAAAGCAAGAUGAACUCGAUAGACUCGGUACAGAGCUAUGGAACCUCUCCACCCGCUUGCGCCGUGACGGCGCCCAUUCCAAUGUCAAGACGAAAGACCAAAUCGCUCAACGAAAGCAUGCCCUAUGCCUCCUCCGUGUAUUCGCCAUGCUCCUCCUGGAUACAGCUGGCGGUCAAGGGAGGAAGGGUCCAGAGAGAAACAAUUGCGUCCGACUAAUGAAGGUUGCGCUGAAGGCCGCGCGGGUGUGUCUGGAGGACAAGGAUCUUGGUAGUGCAACGAAGGUGCUAGAGAGGGCUGCAGACUAUCAGGACGCGCUGGGCAAGGAAACGGGCGACAUUGACAAACAGCAGGCGCAGCUUGUGGAGCGCUUGAGAAUGGAAUAUUUUGGAGUGCGGACGAUUUUGGCCUGGCGACAAGAUCGUAUGGACACAGCAGAGCACAUGUUUUCAAAAACCAAGCAGCGUAAUUUUGCACUCGAGCCAACCACCGCUGAGAGCUUAGCAGAUCUUUUAUGCGAAAUAGGAAGAGAUUUGUUAGGAAGGCGAAAUUACGAGUUGGCAGUGAGAUGGCUGGAGCGCGCUCAUGACAUGCUCGGGGAGCAGGACCUUGAGAUACUCAGUUCCGAAGCCGGUGAGCUGCGACUGAGCAUCAUGCAGUCUCUCGUCCAGGGGUAUAUCAAACUGAAGACUCCUGAAGCGCAGAAGAGAGCGGAAGAUAUGGUGAACCUGCUCGAGACCGACUAUGGGGAGAAGAUGGCCGUUUCCCUCUUGAGGCUAGAGCUUCUUUCGGCAACGGAAUUGACUGACCCAAGCCAGUAUUACACGGUCCUCCUUCGAAUAAUACGUUCUGCAGUCUUGAACGAGACAAUCUUCAAGACGAUCAUGCACCACAUUCACAAACUGAAGAAUUACAGUCACCCGACCGCAUGCAAGAUCCUCGAUGAUUUGAUCCAGCUCAGGCUGUUCAGGGAAGAGAACCAGGGUUGGGUCGAAAAGGCAAUCAUAACAAGAAUAUGGGUGGGUACGACCAGCUCCAGCUCCCAGGACAUCCUGGAGUCUUUACACGAGCUUUUUGAGAAUACCUUGCAACAAACCAAAUACCCUCUGUCCACUGCUGCGACACAUGCUGCACAAACGCUGCUUUGGAAGCGAGUGGAGGCAACUUACAAUCAGGAGCAGUUCGCAACCGCCGAAUUUUGGUGUAAUCUCUGUCUUCAUAUGCUUUUCGAUAAGGCUGGAGAGCUGAACAAGUCUAAGAUCACGAGGCGAGUAAUUUUGUGUGCCUUGGCACGGCAGGACUACGUACACGCUCGAGACGCCUUUAACAAUAUGCCCGAUACCGGAAGAAGCGAACCAAUAACACGUUACCUGAUGUAUAAAGUAGCUUUGCAUAGUGGUGAUCCAGAGUUUACUGCGGAGUGUCUUGACCAUAUCUGCCGGCAUUCGUCAAAAGAUGCGACCCUCCUUUAUGCAUGCGUGCUAGAAGCCCAGAGUACUGGAGACAAACGACAGGCUAUCGUCGCCCUUCAGAAAGUGCUUGACAAGUACGACUACAGUGCACCUGCUGGCAUACAUCUCCCAGCUCUUCUCAGGGAAGCGCCUCCGGCAACAUCUGGAAAAUUGGUCAAGGAUGGUCAUUUAAGCUCAGAUGUUGUGGAAGAGCUAUGUAAAUUAUUCGAAGGGGCAUGUGCCCAGGCCAACGCAUCACGACGGCGACCCAGUAACCCGGCUCAGCAGCUCUUUAAUCCCUCAGAAUUUGAAUGGUUUUCUAAGAAUGCGUACAACUUAUCCCUCAAGUACUGCGCGGAAAUGCACCCAAGGAACUUAACAAGGUUACUCCAUGCCUGUAUCGAGUUCAUCCGGCUGCUUCAAGAACAAGGCCAGUCGGAGACUAAUGCCGACCUUCCGCUUCGAUUGAUGUUCUGCCAUUUUCUCGCUGCUUGUGCAUUUAUUACCUUAGCUCGCGCAGAAGACUGCAUUCAAGAUUGUCUUCAAUACUAUUUGCAAGUCCGACGCCACGGACAAGAGUUCAGGCGUACAGCUGCCACGGAACUUAAUAGUGAGAAACUUGGAAUAUCCUCACAUGACGACAUCAUAUCAAAGCACUUCCAAAUUGUAAAAUUGGAGCUGGAAGCAAUCCUAAAGCUUGAGAAGUGGGAUGACUUGGACGAGUUGUUUGAAGAGGUCUGGAAGUACAAAAACCCAGAACAUUACGAGACUCUCGCGGACCUAGUCUUAAUCAUCCAUUCCAGAGUCACGAAAUCAGAUAUAAGCCCAAAGUACCAGAGCAAGGUAUUGAGCGUACUCCAGAAAAUCAUCAACUUCACCUGGCGUCAAAGCAACAACGACAUCGUCAAGUUGUCCCGCUGGAUCCGCUGCCUCUUUCGGCUAGCCCUCCCAUUCGAUGAGCCUACCAGCCUGAAGUGCCUAGACCAAGUCUCCGAGAUUGUGGCCACACAACAAGGGGUAAGCCUACCGAGCACCCCCCCACUAUCGUCUUCUCCUAGGCUUGCUGACAUUGAGAAGGAAUCGAAUCAUUAUCCUGCGGCUGAGCUUGAGUGGCUGGCGACAACGAGUUUCAAUCAGGCGAUUGACUUUUAUGUAGCGAAUGAUGAUGCAAAGUGUAGGCUUUGGGCGGAGAAGGCGCUCGGGUUGGCGCAGUGGGCGGAAGAUGGGGGAAUGUUGAGAGGGUUGUUGAUGGAGAAGUAUUCGGGGUUGACGUGGCAGGAGUGA